AUGUCUGAGUUCGACUUAACAAAGAAGAUAAGUAGUUUUCUAGAUAAACACUUAACUUUACCACUGCUGGAAUACAUAUGUGUCAAAAAUAUAUAUGAUGAAAAAAGCAUUCUGAAGACCAAAUGGGAAGUUCUCUUGGGGACUUCUAUGGUUGAUUAUGCCGCAGAUACUUAUAGAAGUAUAUACGAAACAGAGCCUCCAAAAGGAUUACUUGACAAGAGAGAAAAAGUCUUAGAGAGUAUUCAAGAAACGGAGGUUAAGCUAAAACCAGUGAAGGUAAUAUUUAGUCAAGAAACGAUGAAAGAAGUUGCCCAAUGUAAAAACGCCAAAGAUCUGUUGACUAGUUUGGAAACUAAAUACAACUUCAAGACAGAGAUGCUUAACGAUAUGUUUGAUGCUGCACGCGUAUUUUAUGAUGCCGGAAAUUACAACUUAUCAUCUGAAUAUUUAAAAAUAGUCCGCCAGCUUGUAACCCCUGGGACACAAAGACAUUGGAUGCCAGUUGGGGCCGCCUAG